CCCUUCAGCUUGUGUUCAGUAGGGGGUGUGGGGGUGUCGGUAGCCAGCAGGCGGCUGCAGCCUCUGGCCGCUCGUGCGGGUUUUGCGUUUCCAGUGCAGUUCCACGUUCCAGCAGGGAGCGGGGCUUCGGGGAACAGCGAGUCCCAGACACCGUCCUCGCCUCAUGGCAGCGCCGCGCGGCGACACGUGCGGGCUCCUCGAGCGCUCGGUGCGCGCGCGGGUCCCGCCGCUGCUCACCGACCUGUACCAGUUCACCAUGGCCUACGCCUACUGGCGGGCCGGCCGCCACCAGGAGCCCGCCGUCUUCGAGCUGUUCUUCAGGGAUAACCCGUUCGGCGGCGGCUUCUCGCUGCUCGCCGGCCUGAACGACUGCCUGCUAUUCCUGCGCGGCUUUCGCUUCUCGGCAGACGAUGUGGAGUUCCUGCGCUCCGUCCUGCCCCCGACCACCGACCCCGGCUUCUUCCAGUUCUUAAGGGACCUCGACUGCUCCGGGGUGACGCUACGUUCUGUCCCUGAGGGCACCGUAGUUUUCGCGAGGGUUCCUCUGAUGGAGGUGGAGGGACCGCUGGCUGUGGUUCAGCUGCUAGAGACCAGUCUGCUGUGUCUGAUGAACUACGCCAGCCUGGUGUGCAGCAACGCCGCUCGCUUCCGUCUGGCAGCGGGAUCAGGAAGGCAGCUGCUGGAAAUGGGCCUCCGCCGGGCGCAGGGACCAGACGGAGGACUCACCGCCUCCAGAUACUCGCACAUCGGAGGGUUUGAUCUCACCAGCAAUGUGCAGGCGGGUUUCCUGUUUGGGAUUCCUGUUGCAGGGACCAUGGCGCACUCGUACGUCACCUCUUUCACCUCGCUGGAGGAGGUGUGUCCACAGACGCUGGUUGCGGCUAAAGGCGACUUAGCUCCCGUGGACGUCAUUUCUCUAACUAAAGGCUACCUCAGACGGGUGUGUGAGCUCUUGGGGGCGGAGCCUGGGAGGAUUCGUGAGGGCGAGCUGGCAGCCUUCUUGUCUUACGCCAUUGCGUACCCCUGUAACUUCCUACCUGUGAUUGACAGCUACAGUGUCAGCUGCAGCGGCCUGCUGAACUUCUGUGCCGUGGCCCUGUCUCUGUGUGAACUGGGCUACAAACCCCUGGGAGUUCGUCUGGACAGUGGCGACCUCUGCAGGCAGUCCCUUGAAGUGCGCCGUGUCCUCCGGCUCUGCAGCCAACACUUCUCCAUCACCGACUUUGAUUCUUUGAUCAUCGUGGGGACCAACAACAUAUCUGAGAAAAGCAUCGCAGAACUCAACAGCAAAGAGAAUGAGAUCAGCGUGGUUGGGGUGGGGACACACCUGGUCACCUGCACUGAGCAGCCCUCGCUCGGCUGCGUCUAUAAGCUGGUGGAGGUGGGAGGACGGCCGACGAUGAAGAUCAGCGAGGACCCAGAGAAAAGCACCAUUCCUGGAAGGAAAGCCGUUUACCGGCUGAUAGAUCCUGAGGGUCAUCCUUUCCUGGAUCUACUCAGUCUGGAGGCGGAGCCUCCUCCAGAGGCGGGGCAGCAGCUUAAGUGCUUCCCUCUGGGCUGCGGCGACUCGCCCGCCUCCGUCACUCCAGCUCAGGUUUCCUGUCUGCGGCAGGAAGUGUUCCUCAAAGGACAGGUCACACAGCCUCUUUGCAGCGCAGCAGAAACCAGAGCCAAAGUGCAGAGCUCCCUGCAGACGCUGCACCCUCGACACAAGAGGCUGCAGGAGCCGGACUCCUACACAGUGGCGCUGUCAGAGAAACUCCACAGUUUGGUAAUGGAGCUUCAGAAGAGCGGCAGCAACGACAGCAGCUUUCUUUUAGCUAACUGAAAACGUGUUCCUUUUAUAGCGUCAUUCUUGUUUCCAAAGUGCCUCAAAGGAAAAAAAAAUGUUUUUUUUCUUUUUGAGUCCAGAUAGAGACAAAUAAAAACUUCCUGUUUUAUAUCCAAAA